AUGCUCCCUCUAGGAUCAUCUUCGCCCUCCUCAUCCACUUCGGAAGAACCAGCAGCAACAGGUUUGAAGAAACUAUUCAACAAGAUUUGGUCAUUUGGAUCAACAAUUUCUGGAAUGGGACUUACGACGGGAACGGCUCUUGUUAUCUUGUACUUACCAAUCAUGAUGACGCAAGACAAUGAAAAGCUUGCCAUUUACCGAUUGAUGGCUAAUGCCUUCGGAAUUAAGUUAGACUUAAAUCCACAACAACAAGCAAAUGCGAAUGCCAAUAUUCAAGGAUUGGACAAGUUUUAA